UAGCCGUUCAAUCGCCGCAAUCUCAGUUCCAGUCAGUUCUCCGGUCGACAUGACUCAAACGGCCGUCUUUCCGCCGUCUUCUCAGUCUCUUCAAUCGCCGGUUUCCAUUUCUCGCCGCUCAAGGCGGCUUACGGCUUCAUUCCGCGUCAGAUCUAGAUGGUCGCUCGCCGGAAUGACUGCUCUUGUCACCGGCGGCACACGAGGAAUAGGGCAUGCAAUCGUGGAGGAAUUGACUGGAUUAGGCGCAUCUGUUCAUACUUGUGCUCGAGAUAAAGAUGAGUUGAAUCAAUGUUUGAGAGAUUGGAAAGAUGUUGAUCUUCCAGUUACGGGUUCAGUCUGUGAUGUAUCAAUUCAUUCUCAGCGAAAGGAUUUGAUGAACUUUGUUACAUCUUCAUUCAAUGGAAAACUUGACAUUCUGAUUAAUAAUGUUGGAACAAAUAUAAGGAAACCAAUGAUGGAAUUCAGUGAAGAAGAAUUCUGUAAGUUGUUUAGUACCAAUGUUCAAUCUUCUUUCCAUCUUUGUCAACUUGCAUACCCUCUUCUCAAAACAUCUGGAGCAGGAACUGUUGUAUUCACUUCUUCAGUCUCUGGUUUUGUCUCAUUGAAAUCUAUGUCUGUUCAAGGAGCUACUAAAGGGGCAAUUAAUCAGCUUACAAAGAACCUAGCAUGUGAAUGGGCUAAAGACAAUAUUAGGAGUAAUGCUGUUGCACCUUGGUACAUCAAGACCUCUAUGGUUGAACAAGUUCUUGAAAACGAAGAAUACUUGGAGGAAGUGUACUCGAGGACACCAAUGAGGCGACUUGGAGAGCCGAAUGAGGUUGCAUCACUUGUUGCUUUUCUUUGCUUGCCUGCGUCGUCUUAUAUAACGGGACAAGUUAUUUGUGUUGAUGGUGGAAUGUCUGUCAAUGGCUUCUAUCCAAGAGAUUAUUGAUGAAAAUUGCAAUCUUUACCAUUUGAUCUAUAUUAUUAAUUUACUCACAAUUGGCAACUGUUAGGAUGAUGAGUUUAAGGAAUCAGCAAAUGGGUA